UAGACUUCUCCAUUAGUGAUUCUUGGAAGUAAUUGGUUUGAUCAUUUAUUAUAUAUUCUUAUAUUGUAUAUACACAAUGAAGGCAGUUAUAAUGUUGGUUCUAAUUUAUUCAAAAAUUUGUAAUUGUUUGUAUCAUCAACAACGAGUUUAUGAAACAUCUUACAAUGAAAUUAAACCACAAAGAAUCGAAAAUUAUCCAUGGAUUGUCAUAGUUUCCAAAAUAUCUACCCAAGAAAUUCUAUCUUUUGGUAGUUUGAUUCAUGCUAGUGCAGUGUUAACUCAUGCCUCAUUAGAUGCUCAUAGCUUAUAUUUUGACUUCAAAGUCCUUGGCAAAUGCUUUUUCCACCAUAAUGAUUUAACUUCCAUGAGUUCUUACCAGUGUGCUAAAGAAAGAAAUAUCAAAGAAUACAGCAUCAUAGAAGUUGAACCCCAAGGAGAUAAUAACUAUUGGCAAAAUGCAGCUGUUUUAAUUCUUUCAGAACCAUUUACAUUAAUACCAAAUGUUAACAUCAUUCCAUUAGCUAGAGAUCCAAGUGAUUUUAAUCCUCAUCUUUGUAACAUUUUAUAUCUCAUGCUAUUAUCAAAUUCAAAUUUACCUGAAAAUCCUACAUUUGAAUUUCCAACUCAAAUUGAACAUGAAGGAAAUUACUCUACAGUAAAAAUUAAUUGGUUUCAUCUUCAAAAUACAUAUCUUAACUAUGUCAACUCAUUGGAUUUACCUGGAAAUCCAGUAGUUUGUUUAACUAAACAUUCUGGUGGUCAUUGGGUCCUGACAUUUUUACUUCAUACAUCUAUAAAAAAAGUGAAUGCUGACACACUUUAUUCCACCUCUGCAAUGCUUGAUAUUACUUAUUAUCAUAAAGCUGGAAUAAUUGAUACUAUUAUUAGAAAUGCAGGAUUUUCAAUCUGAUGUAACACAAUAAAGAACAAUGAAUAUUUAAA